AUGACCACAUGUGGUCUAGAAGGCAGCCUAUAUUCGCUGUGUCAUUUCAUCGGCGCCCUCACCUUCACCCUCCUCUUUGGUGGUAACCGCAUCAAUCUCCUACCAAUUUCCAAAGGGAAUUCCUGGGAUGCAACAUCGGUUUUGCAGGUACUCAUCGUGGGUGAACAUUCGACCUUGUCGACAUGGGUCUAUGAAGUGGUGGACGUCUAA